AUACGAGACUGUAUCAAAUCGUCGCCACUCUCGUCGCUGCUUUUCACUGGUGCUGACCUAGCCGAAUCAUCGAGUGCUUUCAAUGAGACGUUCUUCUCCUCGGAAGGAAAAUAGGAAGAAAGGAACACUUUAGUUUUUUCAUUUUCUUCUGCUUUUGGGAAAUUUAGUUUCAUCGCCAUAUAGUUGGAAAAUAGCAAAAGACGAAAACCUUGAAUAUAUGGACUUGUGAAAACAAAGCGAUCGUGUUUCAAAUUUAUUUCUGAUGGGAUCUCGCGACGGUGAAAGUGAGGAAAAUUAGCUUCUGCAAUGUCGCAUUGCGGAUGUUGAAGGUUGAACAGCUAAGAAUCCAACAUCCAUUUCAAUGGACACUAUCCAUUUUUAUUCACUGUGUUGAUUAAUUACAUAAGGCUGAAAAUAGUGCACCAAUGAAAGCGCUUUCUUCGUGAUACCGUGGAUCGAAUUAUGCAGUGAAAAAUUAGUUUGACAAGGGGAAAAUAGAAGUGACGUUCAAUAUUGCACUUGUUCCACAUGGCCGUGGAAAAUUGAUCUGCUUCCGGAAACUAGUCAAGUAGUGAACAUAGGGAAACAGCGAAGAACCGAUGAAACGGAGUGAUUAGGUUUGUGGAAUCAAAGAUUUCACAGUGAAACGGUGUAUGGAUGUUUAAUCCCUAGGGGAAAAACAAGAAUCAAAGGAGCGAUUGUACACACGAAGCUUUAAAAGGAACACACAUCGUCCGAGAUAACUGGAUACAACUGGUUGCUGCGAUUAAUAAAAAAAAUCACCAUGGAUAAAAAGAAUUGGAUUAUGAUUACACUAGGAAUCAUCUUUGCAUCUGUUCAGUUCAGUUCAUCCGAUAAUUGUUUUCCAUCCCGCUCAAUUUACUGCUAUGAAUGCGAUAGCUGGACAGAUGCCCGCUGCAAGGAUCCAUUCAACUAUACGGCACUUCCUCGGGAUCAACCGCCCCUAAUGACCUGCAACGGAUGCUGUGUCAAAAUGGUGCGCCACUCGCGGACCCCUUAUGAAGUUGUAAGACGAAUGUGUACAUCCCAGUUACAGAUAAACCUAUUUAUGGUAGAUCAUGUGUGUAUGAUGGAAAGUUCAGGCAAUGGACAUAUGUGUUUUUGUGAGGAAGAUAUGUGUAACUCAAGCCCUAGCUCACUUCUUACCAAUCACUUGAAUGUGAAGAUGUGCAUCAGUAGCGUGCUCGCAAUUAUACUAUUCAACUCGGUGCAAAGGGUAUUCCGGUAAACCUUUCCGCUAUUGAGUUCGAAAGUAGGUCUGUAAAAAUAUAAACUCUCUAGGAGUCGGUAGAUAAAAUUCAACAAAAUGCAAACCCAUUUCGUAACGGAAAUGACACAUGGAGGCCCAGUUGAAAUCGAAUCCCCUCUAGCACUAUAGCACCGAUACAAAAUUCGUAUGCAAGCAACGAAAACAAUUAACAAACAUUUUGACACACACGCCAAAAACACUACAUAUAUUCCUUCUAUUUUAACAAAGCUCAGAAGUGCUAGUUGCUUGGAAUUCGAAACAUUCUGAUAUUUGUUGAUAUUUGGGUUAACUCCGUUAGAAUUCAUUUUCUUCCCGUUUCAUCUUAUACUCUCGCAAAUAUUCCCGUUCAAACAAAUGCGUACCAUUGGAAAAGGAAAUACAACACAUCGAGAUCAAUGAAUUUAACUUCUAAUUCAUUUCGGGUUAGCUCCUGUAAUCAUUCGUUUCACACCAACAAUUACACUUUUUGUUAACUGAUUUCAUUUUAUCAUUUGUUACUAUACUUCGUAAAGAAAUGAAAAUAAAAUCCACUUUACAACCCGUCGACUCAAAAUAGUUCAAACUAACCAUAUUACAUUUUUAUCUCAAUUAGUAUAUUAGUCUCAACCUUCUAAUCUUUCUAUAGGUAACACUGCAUGUGAGCAAAAAACAUUUUUAUUUGUUUUGUUUUUUUUUCAUUGAUCGUUUUUCGAAACUAUACUCGCUACAGUCGAGUCGAGUGAACGUUACUAAUAACUAAUAACAUCUAUAUCUCCAUACAUAUGAGUUUUUAUAUAUCUAGUGGAUUGAUUAUAGUUUCCGUUCGAUUUCCUCUCACAUUUGUUACUAGUAGUAGAGUUACAAAUAUCCAUUUGGGCAAUUCCAACUAAUCGCUGAAGAAUAAUCGAACGUUGCUCGAUAGUAAUAGAAAGUUUUGAAUAAGCAAUAGCAGCUUAGCAUAAGUCUAUGCCAGCCAGAACGUAUUGAACGUAAUGAAAUUGUUCAACUUUCUUAACCUUAUCCAAACCGUAGAUUGUACGUAACUUUCGAAUUGUUAGUUUUCUCGUUCAACAUUUUAGUGUUUGAGUAAGUUCGUUUGAGUUCGAAAGAUACAUUUGUUUACAGUUACCUCUUUGUGUUGAACACUGAAGCUUCGUUGAACAUAUUGAAAUAUAGUGUAGCUAAGCAAGCGUUUCAUAUGUACAUAGUUAGAUAUACCCUUUUCUACUCCCAAACGAACAAUACUAGACCUAGAUUCCAUGAAGUCACUCGAAAAGUAAAUGCUGCUAGAAUCAACUCAUGUCACUAAUUCAUAUCAUCAAAAGUGGAGAGAAAAAAAAAUCUCACAAACAUCGAUAUUACUCUGCUUGAAUACCGUGGAAAUGAUAUUCUCUCAAUAGCCGUAAUACAAAUAGUGAAGAUGGAAUGCGCUAACGAUUUCCUUGAUAUAUGAAAUUCAUACACGUGAUUAUCGCCGCUGCAUGUCAAUCUUUUGUUUUUUUUUUCUCUAAAUUUCAAAACACAACUUUUCUCCGCAUGAUGAUAGUUUGUUUUACCAACUUAUAAAUAUUACUUCAUGCUAAUAGUCUUGGAAAAAUAAGGAAUCGAAUAAUCCGUCCAUAGAACAAAUAUGACACGCCGAGGAUACAAGAGUUCUAUAAUGGACAUAGUUUAGAAGCCUCUGUUGCAGUGUUGUUCAUCAAUAAGUCCAACGUUUUCGAGACAUCAAGUGAUAGAGAAAAUAACAAAAUGUUCCAAUCAUUUUUUGCUGCAAUGUUGAAGAUUAUAAGUCUUUGAAAUAUUUAAAAAGGAUGAUAGAUUCAACCGUUUCCAUUACCUAUCCCUAAAAUGUGUCGCUGGUAGUUGUUGAAUGAUCUGGACAGCUGAUCUGAAUAAAAAUUAUGGUCCCUAUUUGGUAAGUCGAGUCGUGGAGCCACUUUGGAGUCGAACGGAAUUAAAAUAUUCUACCCAUGUAACAUAUACAGUGAUGAAAAAAAUAAUAGUGACAAGCAGAAAAGUAUCUCCUUUUGCUUUUCAAUUUAUUUAUCUGACUAUCACAUUUUAUUGCUGAUUCUUGAUGAAAAGAUGCAACAAUCAUGUUGAAAUGAAAUAAAAUGAAAAAUAGACAUUAGAUUUUUUUUCGGCAUUUGUGGCAAUUGCUGACAAGGGUUAAUUCCCACGCUUCCUGUACUGCAUUCCACAAUUCAGUUUUUUCUUCUUGAAUUUUCUAGUGGCCAGUAAAAGUUGAAUCAGGGGACUGUAUUUGAAACUAUGAUGUGACUUUUUUAAUAUUCUGUAUCGGAUUUUUUACAUUUUAUAUUUUCGUCUUGCAGUUUAUCCUAAAGUGUUUAUUUUGAGUUAUUGUUAUAGCUAUUGUGUUAUGGGUUAUGGCUUUAGUUCAGAACUCACAUUGUUCAAACUAUUCUAAAAACUCCGGCGAAACAAAUUAUGACGACAAACUCGUAGAAAAUAGAAUACCGAUGCUCAGAAUCGAUAAGAGAUUCAAACAAACAUAAACUAACUUUACUCAACAAUCGCUUACGAACCACUAGAACCAGUUGAUUGCUUCUCCCCGAGAUUUAAUAUCCAAAUGAACCAGUCGAACGUAGUGUUGCUCAAUAAAGUGCCCAUCUCGUGGAUGCGAUCUGGUGUAGUGGUAACAUCGUACCUCUCACGCUCAAGGUUCAAUUCUCACUCCCGACAUUCUUCCAAAAAUGGAAGUAAAAGUGACGAGCCAACCAAAAGUGUUGAAAGUCAAUUUAAUACAGACAAAAAAAAGUGCCCAUCUCAUCAUCGUCUUUUGAGUUCCUCUCAAGCCCCAGGACUCCAAAUAGUCGUUUUUAUUGGUAACAUUAGUUUUGUCAACCCUAUCAGCUCAUUUCGAAGUCCGUCUGAAUCAGCGAAACCUACAUAUUUUCCCGCAGGAUGUUGAUAUAGGAAUCUGCCGUCAUUACCCCGUGGAUUCUCACAAGGCUUCCCUCUCCACCCCACCAAAAACACCCCCAGAAUACAUAAUUUUCUCCUCCAUGCUUCAUUGUGCCUUGAAUGUGGCGCUCCUAAAGCUUCUCACCCAAUCUGCGCCACAAACCCGUCGCUUUCGGUUGAACAGUUCAAGAUACAGCAUGCUUCUUAGCAAACUCAAGCCAUUUACCUUUUUCGAUGGACACUUCCGGGCAAUUUUUCUGUUCAAUCUCUUUGCUACGAGACGACGACGAAUAGUUCGACCGGAAACUGAUAGUUGAAAUGUUUCCUGGAUGUCGCGGACAGGUACUUUCGAGUUCUUCUUAACUCUGCGCAUGAUUUUGGCGUCCUUUUUUGCAUCCGUUGUACGCUUCCUCCUCUGUCUGGGCGAUCCCCCACCGAUCCAAAUGUUUUUAGUUUCAGAUAAAAAAUUCUCAACUGCUACCUUGCUGAUACUGUUCUUUCUAGCGAUAGUCCGGUGCGAUUCACUGUUUUGCAUAUUUAUCACGAACACCCAAUUUUCCGGUACAAAUCCACAUGUUACAACAUGUCAAAAUGUCAAAACUAUGGCGCUUAGAAGCAUAUCCUACAAUGAGCCAAUAUAUCAAAACCACUCUGCAGUCAUCUUGAAAAUAUACUGUGUUUUGUUUGUAUACGAAGCAAUAUACGUUGCUGCAUGGUUUGUAAACUCUUUUCAAUUCGACGUAAACUCUGUGAACGUUCCGUUUUUUAUAUGCGAAUCGUUUAUUUUCGAAUAUAGUACUAGUAUCUGCUAAAUACCACUAAAAUUAUUGGGAGAAUGCAGAAUUGCAAACGCUCGUUAUCAUCCUCUCUCUUUCACGCUAAAGGUAAACAAUCCCAUUUCGACUCACCUUGUACCAUAAAACCCACCUCGGUUGAAACACACAAUCGAGGGGUCUUCGAAACCUUAUCGAUAGCAUAUUUCGGAGUGAGCACUUUUUGUCACUUUUUUUUUUCUUUAUUAUAGUGAUUUUCAACACAUUUCGGCUGGUUCGUCACUUUUACUUCCAUUUUUGGAAGAAUGUCGGGAGUGAGAAUUGAACUCGUGAUCUCUGCGUUAGAGGUAUGGAUGUUACCACUACGCCAGAUCACCUCCUCACUUUUUGUCACUGUUUUUUUCCUCUACAUAUUGAUUGUCUGUUCUUUCAAGUAAAACUUUUGUUCCGUACAUAUUUCAUAAGUGAAACUUUUAAAGAAUAUAAUGAAUUAGACAGAAAAAAAUUACUGCGUUCUUAUUCUUAUGUAAACAAAAUAAAUGAAAAAAAUAAAUGAUAUAGGUGGGAACUAUAUUUUGCCUAUCGAUGUGCACCGAUUGACACGUCGUGGUGUGACUGGCGGAAUGACCUCUUAUAUAUAACAUUUUUGAAAGCUUCUAAUAACUCGGUCAUCCAAGUUACCGUUCUGAAUCAUAUUUCGGACGCUUAAGGCAUAUGAUGCAGAAAACAGAUCUAAACUUUAUGCAUAGGUAUUAUUUGGUUGAUAUUUUUAAUAAAUUAGUUCAAUAUGCUUUUAAUCUAUCUACUUUGGUACCUAUUUGAUUGAAUAAAAUGCUUUUCAAAUGAAACGAAAAAAAAUCAAACUUUGGACACUAAAUCAAAUUUCGGACAGAUUGAAUUCAAAUUUCGGACACUUUAUUUUGUAAUUUUUUGGACGAAAAUUACAUUACACUUGGUUAUAUUUUAUAGUCAACUGCGAAACACUUACCAAGCAAUCACAGUAAACUGUUAACGAUGAUGAGAAAUGAUGAAACACAGGAGAAAUUUAAAUAUUUAUGAACGGGUAAAUUCUACGUGCUCACGCUGAGGAAAGGUCAAACACAAACGAUAAUGAGUAGUGUUGUAAGAUUUCUGUCGAUUAUGUUACAAUUCAAAUGUAGUGCUCAUGUGAAAUGAUAGUGAAACCAAGGGAUUACCCUAAAGAAGCAAUUGUGAUAUUAAUUUGAUAGUUAUAUCAUCAGUGCAUUAAGCAUUUCAAGAUAUUAGAAUAAAGUGUCCGAAAUAUGAGGUUGUCCGAAAUAUGAUUCAGAACGGUACUUCUCACUCACCUGUGAUGAGGAAUAGUUUGAGAAGCAGCAAUCGUGAUGGACUAAAAAUUCAGUAAAGUUGGUUCGAGGUAUGAAAAAUGUAUUUAUUUUUUUUGUUCUAAAAACCGACAUAAAUUUUCGGUUCACACAAUAAAGAACAGGCGCCCAGAUUGGAUGUAAAUUACAUUACAAAAAGUAUAAUUGUGCUUUUUGUACGGCCGUAAAUAUGACAGCAAUACAGGUUAAUGCAAAUAUUAUUAAUAUAUUGGAAACAGUCUUGUAAACGGACGACUUUUUAGUAACAAUCACAUAGCUCCCUUGCCCGAGAGUUAUGGCCCAAUAUGUACCAUGAACGUGACCAUGAGCAUUGCCUCGCCUGUAACAGUUACAUCAGAAAUGAAUGCACAGUCGUGAAAACUACCGUCAGUUUAAUGUUAUAUGUUAUCUCUUUCUAUCUCUUUCUCUUCUUUCUAUCGAAAGAGCAAUGAAAAUACGCCAUAUUCAUCCUCCCGUUCGUAGUCGUAACUGUUCUUUGAUUCCGCCUCAUUUGAUUUUAGUUUGAAUGUCAUUUGGCUGAUAGUGAUUUGAAUGCCAGUUCUUCAAAGGCGAUGGACGAUCAGUUCAAAAGAACAAUGCCUUAAUAAUUUCAUAACAAAUUGGUGACAAAUCAAACAUGUCAAUUCAGUAAAAAAUCUGUUAAAUUUUGAACAAAUCUUAAAAAAUCACCUCUUACGCUCGGUUCAAUAUUUAUGUCACGCAGAAAAAACCAUACUAUUUUGUUAAAUAGUCCCUUAUUUUAGUAGUUUAGCUCGAUCAGCAAAAUGUGUUCGAGGGUUUAUAUGGGCAUAAAUAUGACAGCAAAUCGUUUACGUUUAACAAAAAUAUGUCUAGUACAUCCUUUCACUUUCGAAUGAACAGAACACAAUGAUAAUGAAAGCCUCCAUUAGAUUUUGACAAAUGUCAUUCUUCACGCACACACUUUCAAAAUGAGGUGUGUUCAUGUUUUUAAAAUGCAUGAUUAAAUAAACACAUCAGGUUUAAGUCGAGCAAAUUUUGAUCGUAACAACAUUUAAAAGUUCAAAUGAAAAAGUAAAAUCAUUCCACAGAUUAGGUUAUGUAAAAAAUAAAGAUGACAUGCACAUGUGUUAUGACGAGUGGCAACAAUUUGCGUAAUAGCGCAAUCACGAUGAUAUUGUCAUAGUGCUAUCCAAUGUGCAAAUUAAUUUUCGCUGAAGGAAUCGUUAGCACAUUUUUCAUUGAAGAAAAGAACAACACAAAAAAACUAGGACAAGCAGAUUCACUACAUUAAUAUUCUAAAAGUAAAAUCGGAAAAGUGAGGAGUGACAGUUGUAUUCAAUGACAAACUCCAUAUUAUAAUUGUUGUGUAUAAUUACAGCCAUCAAAAAUUGUUCCGAUUUGACUGCUCUGUAAAUACAUCCUCUGUUUAAUCCAUAUGAAAAAGCGGAUAGAUACCAACUUUCGUAGACAGUGUCAUUUGCAUGCGUCUCCCCAUCCAUAUUCUCAGCAUCUAAUGAGACAACAGUAAUAUUUAUAACCACCAACAUAAAACUUAUAAUAUCAUCAUACGUCCGUCUUGUAGCCACAACUUGGCGCAAGUUAUUCUCAUGCAAAUGGGAGAACAAUAUGAUGAAAACAACGAGAAUGUAUUUGAUCUUGAAGUCAAAGAAUUAGGUACAGGAAUAGGGGCAUAGUUACUGUAGACUGUAUUCGAUCUAAAUGAUCCAAGAUUUUUUUUUACAUCCGUUCAUUUUUACAGGGUUAGUUACAAAGGUUUAAGAGAGCCAAAUGUUUAACUAUAUUUUUUAUACUGUUGCAUAUUGACAUUUUCACUUAUAGCUAUGGUAAGUAAGACAGGAGACCGAUUACUCGCGUUUAGACCAAGCAGUUUUGAUCAUAAGGAAAAGUUUUAAGUUCGACUCUUCCAAACUUCUAGACGUAACCGUCUCAGUUUUUGUCAAAACAAGAUUUUUCUCAAGUGUUGAAAGAAGCAAACUUGUUUGUGCAGUUCAUUCUCAUCGAAUGCAGUCUGUGGUCACACUUGUGAACAAGCAUAAAUGUGGAAUGUCAAAGAAGCAUAAUAAGGUAUAAAAUACAAUGAAACAUAAGAGGCUCAAUUUGCAUUAGAAUACAAUGGGGCUAACGAAAAAAAAAAAGAAAUAUUACAUAGGAAAUCAAUUUUUGCUAACAUUUACAUUCUUUGCUUUUAACGAAAUCACAGUUAUAAUUAAGGGUGAUUACUUGAGGUAAAACGAAAAUUAAAUUAGUUUCUAUGGAAGUCCAACCUCCAAUGGGUCUGUGAAAGUGAGCCCAGAAUAGAGCUUGAAAGACAAAAAUCUACAUGUUUAUUGGAACUAUUGAAUUCUGAUUUGGAGUAAUUUUAUACAAAUUUAACUAUUUUUUUACUGUAACAGGGGUAUUGAUUGGAUGGAAACAAUGUGAUAGAUUCAAAAUAGACGAUAAUUUACAACCCAUUUCAUAUGUUGCUCGUCUCUAAAUUCGCAGAACACAACCUACCAAACUUGUGCGUCUUAUCCAUAUAAAUGCGUACUUUCGUACUUUUCCAUUUACAUCAUUUGAUUCGUUCUGCAUAUGGUUAAAGCGCUAAAUCUAGUUUUGUUUAGUCAUAGAUUCGUGAAACCCAUGAAUGUGAUAGAAGGAAACAGUAAACUAAAUGGAGGGCGUCAUUAUGUUACGUACACAAGUAGUUAUUUAGCAAAUGAGUCGCGUAUUUGGCCAUUCGAACAGGGUUUUAUACUAUAAACUUGAUCCGAGAAGAAGAGUUCGGUUGCAAUUCGGUAAAAUGAAACCAGCGUCAAACAAUGAAGUAAAAAUCGUCAGAUUGCGUUGAACUCGUCUCUGAAAUCUCUGAAAUAAAUGUUAGAUAUUUUAAUAUAGUUUGAUACCGAUUUCAGAUUUAAAUUACUAUGUGGAUAAUUCUGAUCAUCACGGAAUUAAUGUGGAAAUGCCAUUAAUUAUUAAAAUUUAACGAAUUUUGUUGUUCAUUUUAAUUCCACUUCAUCCAAACGUCAUACGUAAGUAUUGGAUACAAAAACCAACAGCAGCAGUAGAAUUCAAAAAGCGGGGAUAUUUCCAAAUAAGAAGUUUGUAAUUAUAAAACAAUAGAAUUGCUAGCUUACCAAGUGAACCUGAAUGUUGAGUCAGAUGCAUAGCAAAUUGGAAAGGUCUGGGCUUCAAACAAAUCAAAUGAAAGUAGUUGCACUGGGAAUAUUAUGGAGUACUCGAUUUCGUAGUACAUUUAUUUUUGUUCUUGCUUCUAUUUGGAAAAUAUUCAGCAUCUCGGAGAAUAAAUCCACAAAAUUUAAACAAGAGACCAAGCUUAAACUAUUGACAGAUGAGAAUACCAAACAAAUAUUGACGUAAAUAGACUUAAACGAAAGCAACUUUAUUAGUCAGAAAUGCACAUCCUCUGAAGAAAGUAUGUACCCCAUUGGAUUAUAUACUAUGUCAGUGAUAAAACACUGUAAAUGUAUGUUUUCAUACUAAUUAACUCGAGGAUAUUCGUGAAAGCAGAGAAAACAGACCAAAGCAACAAAAAAGUAACCUGUUUCAUAGGAAUAAAACAACUAACGUAUUUUCGACGCCUCUCAUGCUACGUUUUACCCCUUCGGAACAUACAAUAUUGAACAUUCAAUGAUAAAGCAAAAAAAACGAAAUACGCUAAACUAUAGAGACGAUUGUAAUAUAAAUAUGUGGAAUGAAUAUAUACACUAAUUUUUGGAAAUUUUAUUAUUGUUAAACAAAAGUCAUGAACGUAUUUUGGUAUAUUGGAAAGAACUUACAACUAAUUUGAGCAGGAGAAAAAAUAAACAAUUUACUGUAAUAAACAGCUCAAAAGACGUUGAAAAUGUACUCUUCUUCACCUGUUGAAAGGAAUAUCAAUAGCUCCUAAUUCCAUCAAACGAAUGGCCAUUGGCUUUAUUCCGCCCAUAGCGAACACAAAUAGUUUUUCUGUUUGUCUCAUGCGUCAUAACAAUACAUGCUUCUCUCACUCACCGCAAUCAUUUACCCGCAUUGAUCUUCUAGAUGCUAAUUGCCGAUCAAAAAGUUCGAAAUGGCUGGUAGAAUGUAUGCAGAAAAUAAGGUUCAUCAGAUUAAAUUACACAUUACGCGGCUCAUCGAAAGAAAAAAAAAACAUAUGAAGAAUUACAAGUUUUCGAGAAGCUAGGAUGGUGACAAAUGCAAAAAGGUUGAAUACUGGAUGUAGACAACUAUUUUUACAUCCAUGUGAGCUCGAAAUUUUUGUGUCAAUUUGAACAUAACUUCCUCCAUACUCAAAUCAAAAUUUAGAAUAUAUCAUCGACUUCCAUUCCGGUUAUAUAAUUGAAACGGCUAAGCGCACUGUGUCAUUUCUCUUUUGCUCACAAAAAUCAAGCAUUUCUAGACCAACAUGUCAAAAGGAUCUAUCUUCUUUGAUCGAUGCUUUUCAUCGACUUUCUCUUUCGAUAAUCACGGCCUUCGGACAGAUUUGGCUCCAGUUUUGCCAUGUAGUUUAAUAAACGAGGUUCUCUUUCACACUAGUUAUCGUCGAACACAUCAGUAAAUGCUGUUAAUGCUGAGUUAUUAAUGAAAGAGAAUGUGGAUGAAGAGAAUCGAUCAAAGAAGAUAGGCUCUUUUGACAUGUUGAUCCAGAUUUAUCCAAGAAACAAGAUUCAUAUAGAACUUCUCCCUUCCUUUAUUCAUACAAUUGCCAAAAUUAGACUUGAAUUCAAUUCCCAACAUAGUUCUCCAUCUCACUGUUAUCCCAUCCUUUAAGCACACAAACUAAAACUGCUUAACCAUAACUGUUUCCAAAACAUCAGAAUCAUGGAGAAGAAUUGAAUCUCCAAACAAAUUGGCCACUAAUGACCAUUUUGAUUACGAAAACGUGAUCCACCUAACACACUUUAUGUCUCUGCUUCCGUCCCUCAUUUCCCAAUUGUGUACAUAAAACCUUUGCUCUGUAAUUUAAUUGACAAUAUUUUUUCUACGAAUUCCUUUUAUAUAUUCGACUUUGAAGCUCAGAAUAGUGCAAGAAAACAAACAAAACAAAAAUAAGCUGAAAUAUUGCAUGCUUUCGAUUGAUGUUGUGCAUUUUCUGUUGUUUUUAUGUUUAGAAUGCGAUUGCUUGUGUGUUCCAUGCUUUAGAUUGAGUACACCUUCUGAUAGAAUGUAAGUUACCAUAUUAACAUUCAAUGCAUGUUACACUCAGCGAUAGAUUUUAUGCUUGGUGUUCCUAUUUCGAUAUUUAUAGUUUUUUUUAUCUAGAAUCUUUUCCCUACGGUACUUAUUAUUUUUUGAUGUUGAUUUAGAUUUUUUUCCACAAACACUCGUUUUAACACUCAUAAAGGAAGUUUACAGAAGCAAACGAAGUUUUAGAAUAUUGAGAAAAGUUAUUGAUUACAGUACCAGCAAAUCAAAAUAGGUUACAGUACCAGCAAAUCAAAAUAGUGUUGUAAUGUAUUCCCUACUUCCACGCAAAGUGCCUUCCGUAUCUCUCGAUUAAUUAGUUUAUGUGCUCCUCCGUCGGUCUAGUGAAAAACAAACUGAACUUAACCCCUUCUCGUACGAUUUAAUUUUCAAAAGAGCGGACCAAAUGCAAACAAUUCGAUGGGUCACGCAUCGAGUAAUUUCACUACUGUGCUGAGCAUCUUAGUGCCUUGUGAUAGGCAAGCGUGCCACGAAAGAGACGAGACUGUACGUUUUGGCACAAUCAUUCCAUAUCGAGUGAGACUCGAUGUUGUACGUGAAAGGGUUAAUAUGAUCACCAAACUUCUUAAUGUAUGCCGGUUCCUUUAAACGAUUUUAUUUCUGAUCGGUGUUCCGUGUAUGUUUAAAAUUAUUGCGCCGCGAAAAAAAUGAGUGGGGUGAUCUUUUGUGAGAAUGUUAUUACGUCAUCGCUGUUGUCUGUUCUAACUAUCUCUCUAUGGUUUUAACGUUAUCAAGAUUCGAUAGUUUCAUGACCCUUGAGAGUAAACUAAAGUCCUGAUAGCUCCAGCUCAUGCACCCCAGUUAUCUCAUGUAAUCAAUAAACAAUUGCUACGAGUGAUUGACGAUGAUUGAUGCUAGAAUAUCUACGACGGAUGUAAGUUUAUUUUAAACAGAUCAAUCAAUAAGUUUCCGAUCUGAGACGUAGAUGGCAUAUAACUUUCAUGACGAUCUCACGUUUAAUCCAACCCAUCAAUCAAACAUCAGAUAGUGAUUUUCAAAACAAUGAAAUAAUUAAUUUCGUUUGUUGACAAAUUUUCGUCGAAUUUUGACUAUUUUGUUUCAUUACUGAAAUUUCGGAUGGUUUACUGAUCGACCCUCUAUUCUCGGUUCCAGAGCAGAUUCGUUUCAAAUUUAUACAACAAUGCCUAACGCUUGCGAUUCCCAUCACAAGUAAAUAUAUAAUAAAGCCUGUAUCCGUAAAAAUCUGAACAAAAAUUUAAAUUAAACAGCCAUGAUGCUCAAAGUAAAUAUUCAUUUCAUAAAUAUGGGAUAUGGCUUACAAACUAGUCGUAAUCAGUUUGUUGAACUCUUGUAGCCAAAACCUUUUAAACUGGUGGGAGUUCCACAAGUUUUUCUAGUGGACCGAUUUCAACCAACGAUUUUUUUCGUACAUAUGAUUUUUUCAAAACAAUUUUUUUUUGACGAAACGGCGACAUUUUUUGUAAAAAAAAAUGCGAGACAAAAACAUUCACCAAAAUUUUAUUUUUCAAAACCCUACGUACGAUGACAGAAAAUUUAGUGGAGAAUCUGGGAAAAACUAUUCCAUCAAAAUCGUAUGGACUGUUCCGGAGAUAGAACUCCCACCAGAUUGCAAAACAUGGUUUCGAGAAAAACGCGUUUUAAAUUUUGGAUCCGCGAUCUCACGCAAAGGCUUAGGUCCACUAAACGGCUUGUAACUUUGGAACGGAGCAUCGGACGAACCUGGUUCAAAAACUACAGUAAAGUAAACAUCCCAGAGAACAUUUUAAGCUAGGAUUUUUUUUUAAAUUUUUUAAAGUUUCCAUAGUGUACUACCACAUUAAUUGGGAGGAUUGAGAUGUUUUAGUACAAAAAAACAUCGUGGCAUUUGAUGAAAGGCAGCAAUCGUUUUAGCGAGCACUUUUCCUGGUAAAUUUUCAUGUCAAUAGUCACCACAGGGUGAUAAAGCAUUUAGAAUCCGGAAUCACAAAAUUGUAUGUUCUUAUAUCAAAAAGCAGAUAAUUUAUUGUAAUUUUCAGAAGAAGUACGAAAAAAAUAUUUUAAAAAAAUAUUCAGUUACAGUUUUGAUGAAUUUUCGUACUUAUGACUCUCCGUUGGUCAAUCUCAGCAACCAUUUUAUUCCACGUUCUCUCUCUGUCUGCAGCAUCCCGAGUCACUUUGGCACCCUUCUUCAAUUCCCGCUUGACAAUUGCCCAAUAUUUUUGGAUUAAGUGAAAUUGUGGGCAAGGAUUGAGCUUUUUUUCCAAUGUAAUCGACCCCAUUGUCACGGUACCACUGAAGCACCUCUCAACUGUAGUGGCUUGCCAAAUCUGGCCAAAAUUUCACUUGUGAGCCUUAAAAAACGGAAUAAAUUGUUGCUUUGCAGUCACUCUUCCCUACAUAUUGUUAAGUCCAUUGUCUUGAUUAUAACGAGAAUCUUGGAGUUCUGUCCACAGCUGCAAUCACUUGCCAAAUCAAGAACAUUCUGGCAAGGAAAUUACGAUAACCUUCUCGCAUUCUCCUGGUACUUUAGUUAGAGUUAUGUUUUUAGCGAUGUCGUAGUCCGAGAGUCUCGUUAUGUUCAUGGAAACGUUUCAGCACACCAUACACGGUCGAUUUAGCCACAUUCAGCGAUUUUGCGAUUUUAGUACCCCACCACGCCAGAUUUUUAAUGUGGGUGUCCAAAAUCAAUUUUUUUCUCUAGGCUUCCAUCCUAUGUAACUUUUUAAAAAACAAAACGGAUAAACUCGAAAUGUUAACCAUCGAAAGAUAAAGGUUUUUCAAACAAUUUGCUGUCAAAAUAUUUCAGAUACGCCUACUACGACCGCUGCUAUAAAAUGAACAGUGAUUCCAGAUUCUAACUUAUUUGAAUUCAAACCUGUCACAAAUUCAAAUUGCUCGUCAAACAAGAAUGUUUUUGAAGAAUUCGACGACUGUUUCGUCCAAUGAUAUUCAGGCUUUACAUUCCUCCCCAUUUCAGAAUAAAAACCCAGUCCGAAGAGCUGUUUAACACGUUAAGCCCCGUUUUUUUCAUGUUGCGCUUUCCACUCAGCGCGCAUCAACAGCGUUUGCACAAUAUCAGUGUCGAUCCCAGUUCCCGAAGAUACUUAUUGAAUAGAUAGAAAAUAGUCAGUAAUUCGAAAGAAAGUAGUCACAUUUUGUAAAAAAAUUGAAAACAACCUGUAUAUAUUUUUAUUUUAUUAUUUUGUAAUUGUCAGUCCCAGUCAGUCAGCACUUUCCUACCAAAAAGCUCAACGUUAGUCCCUAGGGACCGACGCUGGGCUUAACGUGUUAAAAUUUUCAAGAAAAAGUUUUCCACGAGAUUUCGUGACUAACUGCAAAGAUAAACAGUUGGGAGCUUCAAUCCAGGACUUUCCUUUAACUUUUGGUCGAAUUCUGGCGACAUUCAUUUUUGUCACUUCUUGGUUUUCUUUCGAUAGUAAAACGUUCCGAACAUGUUCUAACCCACUGUCAAUAGUAGAUUUGGGCAAAUCCAGUUGUUUUUGCAAGUUGGCGAAUUAAAGGGUAGAGAUUUUCAUUUCGGUUGUUCGUUCGGUCCGUUCGCGCCCUUUUUUCCCAUUCAUCGCCAUCUUGAAAUUUCAUCUUGCUAAUGGAAUGUCAAAAUCAAACAUAUCCUGUUUUACUUACAGACACACAUUUCUGUUAGUAUAAAACAUUCCAUUCAUGACUGCAAUAUUUCAAAUGCUUUUGAACAGCAAAGUGUUUUGAACGUGUCUGAAUUACGGCGGAUACAAACUUUAAAAGUCCAAAUUAGAAAUCACUAGAUCAAGACUUCAAAUACUUCAAUUUCAGUGAUUCUGAAACAAUAACUGCAGCAGACACGGAGAGUAAUGUAUUUUUCUGAGAUGACUACAAUGUUUCCGAAAAAAAAUCACCUUCUCGAUGGGUAUAAAACAAACGUCAUUGAAUAAUUCAAUGUAUGGUUAUCAUAGACAUACUCCAUAGACUGCAAAGGUCAUGAAGUAGAUACCUAAAAUAUUUGUUUUUUGAGUUCUCAGCAUUGAAUUGUAUGGUGAGACACCUUCACUUUCACCUCCAAUUCAACCAGUUCGUGUGGACCAUGAAUGUUUUGAAGGGUGUUACGAUCUAAAUUUGGCUAAACUAGAAUGCGUGUGAAUUGUUACUUUUGAAUUAAAUAUUUUGUUUUAAUUUGAAUAGUACAAAACACAAAGCACAUAUUUAGUUAAGCUACCGAUAGACCGAAUCAGAAUCAUUAAUAGAUCAAUCGAAUUACAGUCAUAGAAAAAAGAAGGUGACAGCCUUCGGAAUACUGUCGUGAGGCAGUACAUUUGAUAAGCCUGGACGUAAUUUGUAUUCCGUCAAUUGCUUAAGCGACGUAGUUUCCGCAGAUCUACCUAAUCCUGAUCGACCCAUUUAAAUUGCUGUGCUCUUCUCUCUCGGGUACCAUUUGGACUGUUGAGAAAAACAUAUUGAACGGGGCUAGCAUCCGGCAUCAUGUGUAUAUAUGUCCUAUCGUUAUCUUCCUAUAUUUGCGGUGAUAACGAUGGAUUUUUCUCUAUGAAGCUUUUUGUAGUUAAUUAUUUAAGCGCUUGCGUUAUACUCCGUCCGAUGCCUGAACGCAAUCGAAAAUGGUUCAAAAACGCCAAGUGCUCGUUGGUCCUCUCUCAGCAAUGUCCACAGUCCGUGUCCGUAGAGGAGACUACCAGUUUUAUCAGCGUUUCAUACAGGGUCAGCUUCCUACGAUGGGGCACUCGACUCGAUCGUAAGAAUCUGCAGAGUCCGAAGAAAGCCCAAUUUUCUGUUAAGAUGCGUCUUUGGAUCUUCUUGCUGGUACCAUGGUAGCUCUGAUAAAUCGAACUAAUUUAUUAGGGAAACCAUAUUCGUGCAUGCGCUGUCGGGAUUAUAAUAUUCCACGCAGUGUGAUUGGUGUUUUGCUAUAUUUUAUCUCAUUUGUUUACUUUGGCUCAUUAGCAUUUUAGCUGUUACAGAGUCGGAUUUAAUCGUUUACAUGUUUUAUAUCUAUCGUAUCGAUACAUAUGGUAAAUUACACAAAAGCCAUUUCAGCGUAAGAGUACUCCUCGCCCAUGUUCCAUUGUUCAGUUGUAACAGACAAUGAAGACAGUUGAUAUGAUUGUUGUCUUAUUAAUAGCACAGCAGCCCGAUGUUUCUUGUUACAAGUAACAAAGCUUGUAUGGAUGGAGAGAGGCCAGGACUCCGACCGAGAAUCGAUCUCCAUCGCUGAUAAUUGUUGCGUGGACGUAGUUAUUCGAUAAUAGAACACAAAGAUGGUCAAUUGAGGGCCCUGAGUUUUGAACUCACGAUCGAUCGCUUAGUGAGCCAAUGCGCAACCAAUGUGACUACGAAGAACUCCAUAUGUGGUUGCUGGGAGCGUAUCGUCGAGUCCGGGCUCUUCUAGGCCAAAUCUCUUCCGAACUUGGCUGCUACGUCGCCGUUGAUGUGUUCGUUGUUAUACUGCAUCCACCGGUUGACCACCUCGCUUGUAAGAAGGUCACCGUCCAGGUCCUUGCACAUUUCAGCACGCAGUACGAAGCCUCUUAAAAACAAAAAGGCCAAGGUAUCAUUUGAACGAAAAGACUGUUCCAUUUCGUCUCAGUCUCUGUUCCCCUGCUGGCGCUUUUUGGCUCAGAAAACCUAGGUCUGACGAUUGCGAUUGACUUGUUAAUGUUCCUAGUUCGCUCGUGUACGGUGCUGCAGCACUCUCGUGCAUACUGUAUCCUCCUUUUAGAUCAACUGUUGACGUUCUUCAUCGAACCAGUUGUUUCUAGUAUUCAGCACCUCACUGCCUAGUGCAGCUUCUUUCGCAGAACUGCUCUCUACUAUGCGAAUUCUGCUACCCUGUUAGAGUCUGUCCUGAUGCAAAUGUCAAUCAAUGUCUUUUGUCCUCCAGGUCGGGGUCCCCUAUCGAGUCGACAGUUUUUUUAAUCGUAACACCCUUUAUUAGAGAAAUACAGAAGCCAAAUUAGCAAUAUAUUUGUUCGACGUGUUCGAAAAGCGAUCGGUUUCGUACCACCAGUGGGUUUAGGACCAUUCUCCCCUAUUUGAUUGAAUAGCGACAUAAAAAUCAACAAUUGAAGUUUUACAUUCACAUGAGCUCUAAUAGAUGAACAUUAAAUUUCAACCUUUUUUGCGAUAAAGACUGUGAUCGAGCAACCAAAGUGAAUGCGUUUUCAUCUAUGUUUUGAUGAGUAAAUAGAAUAGUAUCGAGCAUAGCAGGGAAAAUCCGUCAAUAGCUGUUAAUGAAUAACACAAAAUUGCACAUAUAUUCCUCAUAAAAUCGUAAAUGCAUUUGUAUGUCGGUUUCCGCAAGUGAUGCUCCCACAGUUACUGAAAAAGUAUGUUUCGCCCCAAGGAGUUGUUGAGAAACAAACAGUUUUUGGUGUUAAUUACAGCAACCAAAAACAUAAGAAUUCAAGCAGUUUUGUUCGUCUGGUUUACACACCAUUUAUCGGAAGCAUAAGACUUUAAAUUAUAAUCCUACCAAGCUCAAUCUCUCGUAAUCUACGUGCACUCUUAUAGUGAAUCGUAGCUUAGUAAUCACUAAUUUUUCAUACAGUUUGCAACCAACAAUUUGUGGCCAAUUGUGAAAUCCAUGGUUUUGUAAUUGAAGAAUCAAAAGUUCCAAAUUCAUUGGAAAUAAACAUUCACUUCAAGUUUAAUCAACUAUGUUAUUCUCGACGCAGCUUAACAUAACUAUGAACUUCACAUUUUUGUCGUUUUUGACGAAACUAUCGAAACGGUCAAGGCUGUAUUCCAAUGGUUUUUAAACAUUAUGACGCUUUUAUUAUACAAACUUCAAAACGCGGUUUAAGCUUAUACUAUUUUUAUUUCAAUUUUGAAUAAAUCAUUCGUUGUAUGCUAUAAAAAAUUGGUAAUUAAUAAAUCGUGAACAACUGUCGGUCAAUUUCUUAGGACAGUUGGAAACAAUCUUGAAGAAUUCACCAAAAUCACAAGUAUCUCAACAAAUAUUCGGUAGCAUCACCUGCGAAAUAACAUCGACACCCGUUUCACGUAUGUAGCCACGGUCAUGAUAUUUUUCAUCAUAUCAACACAGCUCUCCAUGAAGUGAUAAAUAUAGCCGUAGUUAUCCAACAGCAAGAUUUAUAUUUGUAAACUCUAAAAAAAUGAGAUCAAUUAGGAGAAGAUAAUAUCAAUUACCGUAUGAUAUCAAGCUGGAAAGAAAUAUAUUAGAUUACAGCAAGUGUUUUUAUAUUAAACUAAUGAUCAAGAAGUUAUAUUAUUACCACUAAUGUUCCCCUCUAGGCUUUACUUCUUUUUGCUUCUCAGUUCUUCGGAUUUUUUGAACGUAUUUCAAACUUUCAAUACUUAACAACUUAAAUCGAAGCAAACAGAUUUUCCUUGAUUGAGAACAAAUUUAAUAUCAGUUUCAAUUUAGAUUAACGCAUUUUAACAAUAGAAUAAAUUAUAUCACCUGUCAGAUUGCUAUCCAAGGCGACCUCAGAGGAAUUGUUUUUCCCUAUCACUGGCUGCCAUUCCAUUUUCUUCGUUGCCAAAUUUUUACCAGAGCUAGAUGAUAAUGAGGAAAACAACAUGUUACAGAUAAUUUACUAAACUGCGUGUAAAUUGUUAUAUGUCGUAGUCACCACAUUUAGGUUGUGUAUUUUUUUAAUGGCAAAAACAAUCAUCCAUAAUUUAAUUGAACUGAACGAAAUCCGAUAUUCGAAAAAUCUGUUUGAAUUAUAAUUUUAUCUAAGACAGAAAAAAAACUGUUUCUUGUUUGAACUAUAGAAUACUCAUAAAUUAAUAUAUGAAUAGAUAUAUUAUCGUAAAAUUUGAUGCACUAACUUUUAAUAAGAAACAAAAAAAAACUUGGAAAUGUUAUCCGAUUGGAAUAAUAAAUAAAGAAUUUUGAAGGCUAAGAUAUAAAUUUAACACUUCUGAAAAUAUGACACUUUGUAAUUGGUGUUUCUCUAUGUUCUGGUAAAGAAAAUCACGUCCGAAAUGGUUCACUUAGUUUACAACGAGCAAAAACAGGUGUGUAUAAAUUCCUUGAAUCAAUAGAUAGAGUCCCGUUGUUUGUUUUUUUUUGUAAAUGCAUUGGCGUACAUCGUGUACUAGAUUAUACACACUUUAAUAUCACAAGUAUAUUUGAGUAUCAAUAUAUUAUUUAUGUAUUCUGAAAAUGUUUAGUUUUUUCAACAGGUCCAUCAAUUUUGUAUCCUUGAAAUGUCGAGUGUAUCCUAGCAUGAUGAACCAAUAAGUUCCAUUGUUUAAGUGUUAUUUUCGUUUCCAUCGACACAACGCUCUAGUGAACAACAAUAAUAAACGUUGACAUCACUUACUUCUAUGCCU